AUACUGUCCGCCGCGACGUCCCGACGUAAUGACCCCGUACGUAACCAAACGACCGUAUUGCCAACAAAAAACGAGCUAAAAACGAAUCCACAACAAGAAAACGAGUGUGAAACCAAACAUCCUGUCCCGGAGAAGGUACACAUCGCAGAAAACAGAAAUGUGAGAAAGUCUCCCAAACUCCCAAAUAGCGUCCAUUUUGUGGAUACCCUGUAGUGACAUUCGAAAUCGUUCCAUAUUCAAAAUUAACAAUACAAUGAAAAUUAAAUAGUCUCGUGAUUGGUUGGAGUAAAGUGUGGGAGAUUUGAGGCAGCCAAUCAGGGGACCGCAUUCAAAAUGAGCGGGCAAUAUCGACGCGUGCGCCGCCCGCUAUGACUGGACUCUCAGACAACUUGCGAACUGUCUACACAAUAUGAUAAAGCGCGGUGCAAUGGCGGUACGGUGAUGGCGGAUGGCGCGGGCGCGGUCGCGGAGGGGGCGGGCGAGUCCGCGGCGCGCGGCGCUGCGCUGGAGCGGGCGUAUGUUCACGACGUGUACGAACAAGCGGGAGACGAUGGCGACGAGAGCUCGCGAGCGCCCGCGCCUGGCGUGCAAGCCUUUCUGUCCGAGCUGGAGCCGGGCAGCCUGGUUUGUGAUGUCGGUUGCGGCAAUGGCAAAUACCUGAGCGUCAAUCCGUCCGUGUACACAGUUGGAGGGGACCGCUGUACCCGGCUCACUGCGCAGGCGCGCCAGCACAAUAAUGAGGUGGUCGCAUGUGACAACCUUUGCCUGCCGUUCCGCGAUGAGUCCUUCGACGCGGUUCUGUCCAUCGCCGUAGUCCACCACUUCGCGACGGUGGAGCGGCGGGCCAUGGCUCUUCGAGAACUGGCCCGAGUCACUAGGAUAGGUGGCCGGCUACUCCUCACUGUUUGGGCCAUGGAACAUGAGGGACGGAACUUUCAUUCACAGGAUGUAUUGAUCCCAUGGCAUCGACCAGUCACACUGUGCCCACCAACACCGGCUCCAAGGUUCCUUUCAGUUGACCACGACCACAAUGCUGAACCUUGGAAAAGCCGGGAUGGUUCCCCAGGAUCGUCAUCCCUAUCAUCACCCAACGAAACCUGCUACUCAUUUGUGAGAAGAGCACUCCAGCGGCUAGCGGGACGGAGGUCCUUUCUACCUUCGUGGAGUAUCGGAGCUCGGGUACCGCAGAGACCUUGUUUACGACCUGAACCACCCGCCGCUGACCUACCCAUAGAAUUACGACGCUUAGAUGAAGCUCUCCCACCGAGAUUAAUAACACAGGCUUCUGACGCAUCAACUAUUAAGUCACGAAGUCUAACAGACAUUGCUGACGUGGAAAGGCGAGCGCUAGUCCGAUCACGAUCAAGUCUACCCAGUCUAGGUGGCGAUGAGCCUGAGCCACCCCCACCCAGUCAAGUUACAAUACCAGAAAUAAAUGAGCCUCGAAAGAAACCUCGACUUGUAAAACAAAAGAAGUCGAUUAACGAAGAUGACGCCGAAGAAGAUCUUGAUAAACCGACAGAUAUGAAGAGCAUGGUAGAAGAAAUGCCAAACUUUAAAAUACACCCCACGUUACAGUCAAGUAAAAAGCCAGGCGUAUUCAAGCAAACGUCGCUUAAUGAGGAAUUGAUGUCUGUUGAGAGGUUAAGAGAAAAGGAAAGAUUAAGAAAAAAUAUACAAAAACAAGCUUCAUUGAAUGAGGAAUACCUUUAUCGCAGACCAGGGGUUUUAGACUCCAUCCGCGACUCAAUAUUUUCUACUUCCGCAACCACUGGCAAGAAGUUCCAAUCAUUGAAAAACGGCCUCACUAGUAAGUUCAAAACGUCUACAACGAAUAUAGAUAAAGUAACCGUGUUCGUGAGAAUGCUCCAGGGAUGGAAAAGUCACGGACCGGCACCAGAAGUUCCUACGCCGAGCGACAAUAAUCCCGGAACAGAAAAAACUCAACCUGAAAGAAGACAUUCUAAGGAAGACGGAUCCGAUUCCUCCAAAGACAGUAGCCUUCAAAGUGACACUAGUGUGGACUCCGAAGACAGUUUUGCAUCUGUGAUAUAUGUUCCAAAAGCUGACGGAUCUAGCGACCCUCUCUCGCCAACGCCUCUAUCACCUGGACCUACUUCACCCAGGUUAAAGGUAUCUUCGGUUCCCACGUCACCUAGAAUGAAAACUUCUCCAGGUCUGCCAUCACCGAGGAUCAAACAAGCCUUUCCUUUAAUAAGGCCACCAGCCUCACCAAAUUCAGUUCAAGCACCAACAACUGUGAAUAAAAUCUUGGUAGCACAAUACAGCCUAAAGAACUACUCAACUACUACUUCAGUCGCAACGGUUCCAUUGAAACCUCAAUCUAAAAGUCAGCCUAACUCUCCGCCUAAAUCCGAGUCUGAUGACACCAGCGUUAAUAAACCAGAACCUCUUUCUAUCAUAAAUAACAAUGUAUCCAUUGAUGUAUUCGAAGAAGUGGACCCUAUACCACCGAUAAAAGAAGAAGAAGAAACUCCAACAAGCGACGUCACGAAAGAAUUACUUGCGGAAAUAAACAAAGACAUCGAAGAAAUACAUAAACUAACUGCUGAGACUAACAAAUACCAACCGCGUGUUGUACUUCAAGAUGUCAAGCCUUAUCCAAAAAUAACAUUGCAAACUGUAGCAGAACUGCCCGAAAUACCACAAUUUAAGCCAAAAGAGUCAAAUAAAUCAUCAACUGACACUUUGGAUUCAAGAUCUGCAGAUCGGAAGCGAAAAGAAAGAAUACGGCAGAUUAAAGAAAUGUUAAACAAAGGUAUUCCGUCUGGUAGUAUAAGUAGAAGGCCACCGUUUCCUCUGGUUCGAGGAUCGAAGAAUACAGAACCGAUCGUUAAAAGCCGGCCCACUCUUAUGUCCCUGGAGUUAUUUAAUCCAGCCACCGAUGACAUGGACAGCGACUCAAGUGGUGUUUCAUCACCAGAUUCAGUGGACAGCGUGAUAAGCGUCGUCCCUGAGGAACUUCGAAAAACUGCUAUUGAAAAAGAUCUUAUUAAUCCACCAACAUCCGAGUCGAAGAAGGAGGAACCAAUUACAGAAAAAACUUCUUCACUUCCAACCUUCGGUCCACAAACUCUAAUUGAAGCUGCUGCAGAAGUUGCACAUUCUCUAGAUGAAACUUGCGAAACAGUCAUUCAAAGUAGUCCGAGAUCCAAAAGAAAACAACUGGAAAAGCUCGAAAGUGCUGAAGCCAUGGCUAUCGUGCAGGGAACUUCUAGUAGCAGUAGUAGUAGUAACUGGAGCCUCAAUAAACUGUCACCUGGAGAUUUAAGGAUAUUAGAAUCAAGAUCCCAAUCACAUACUAGUUCCAGUGGAAGCUCAUCAAGUCUAGAACGACUUUCGCCUGGGAGAAGAUCAAAAGACCGUUCUCCAAAGCUGGGUAGUACUAGUAACUCUACUUGGAGUUUAAACAGACUAUCUCCUAACAGGCCCGAAGGGCGCUCAUUAGAUGAAAACAUCGGCAAAACUCACAGGAGCCCAACAAGAUUACCGUACGAUUCGAUUUCAAUUUCUAGUACAGAUUCGGAUAAAUCUAUUUCUAAAUCAGAAAGCUUUAACAGAAUACAAAAUGAGCCCCUUAUAACGUGCAAAUCAGACAUGAUAGCUACUGAAGAGGAAUGGCCGGAACAAGAUAGAAGUCAGCAUUUGACUGAAUUUGCAGAGAAGCUAAGUGAAAAGCUUCUGCAAGAAAUUGACCAAUACUCAAAGCGAAUCAAUGAAGAAGAUUUCGACUUACCGAGUAGCAGCAGCAGCGAAAAGAGUAUAUCACUUAGGCUGAAACGAGAAGAGGAAGAUAGAAAUACGCAGAAAAUCUUAGAUGAGCUAUCAGAUAGUUUACAGCACCUAGAAGAUCCAUACAUUCAUAAAAUAAGCACUGAGAUGCAAGGCCUUAAUAAACUGAGUGCAGAAAUCCAGGAAAGGAACAAAUAUAUUGCAUCUUUAAACGAUGUCCAAGAAACUGAUAUUAGCAAAUUAUUUCCGAAAUGUAUGUCAAAGACGAAAAGCAAGAAGCGAUCAAAGGACGUCGAUCCAAUUAUAAAUAAAUACAGGGAAUUAAAGAAAUCGAUGAAAGUUUCCAGUGAAGAGGAUAUAUUCCUCAAUAAUUGUGCCAAUAUCCAAUACACAGCAAAACCAAUUACAACAGAUAAAAUAACUGACAUCGAUACUAAAAAUCCAGAUGACGACAGUGCUAUCUCGUCAAGUAACGGCAAUCCUGAAAUUACAAUCGACUCUGGUGCAUCAUAUGACACAAGCCAAUCGCUCGAAACGGGAUACUCUUUAGAGUCCGAAAUCAGUGUAGAUUCAUUAUGCACUAGCACCGAUAAAAGAUCAUCUCUAAAAGUCGGACAGUCUACUGACUCGAGCGAUUUGGACAAAAUGGAAAUAAGUCCUGAAUCCGUCACAUCACGUUCCAGUGCCAGCACAGCUCCAUUGAAGUCUGGUUUCUCGAUCGAGUCGAGUGAUACAUCAGCUGGUAGCGACUGGAGUCGGCGAGAUAAGACUGGAAGCACGGCAUCGCUCGGCUGCGCUAGCCUUGCGUCCUUACCUUCAUACAGCGAAUGCUCCAAAGAGCGGAAACUUUUGGAGACGCGCUCUUCAUCUGAAGACACGGCGCCUGUUCCGGUUAUUCCACCGCCUCGCGCCUUCCCACAUGCGCCGCUGCUACCUUCCUUGAGUGACGGAUCCGACAGCUUACCUUCCGAGGGAGGUGCUGUCACAUACCACCGGUAUUAUCAUGUUUUCAAGCGAGGAGAACUCGACCAGCUGAUCGAGAAGUACGUGGAAAGCUUACACGUGGUGUCCUCGUACUACGACCAGGCCAGCUGGUGUGUUAUAGCAGAAAAAGUUCAAGUAUGGACCAUUUAAUGGACUUAUAGUGUACUCACUCUUUGUCUAAUGGCUGAUACAAGGUUUCGUUGCUGGUAUAUUUAGGGGCUGAUGAUAAUUAUUAUUCUGGUUCAUAUUAUAAUCUUAUGAAAUAGUGAAGAUUGUGACCAUAAAAUUAUGAACAUAGGACACUAAUAAGUGCAGUGUUUACAUCCAAGUGACCUUCAUAACAAACUCGUAAGUGAGUGUUAAGGACAUUUACUCGUGAAAUGCGGUUCUUAUAAAAAGUGUUAACUAUGCGAAAAUGCCAAAAGCAUAGCUUUUGUUUUUUAAUAAUAUAUUCUAGUCACUCUAUAAAAGUUUACUAGUUGUUAUUUCUAAUAUAAUCUUAACAAUUUUGUUGCCCAUUGCGGAACGUAGCUUAACGGGAGUUAUGUGUGUGUGAUUGUGUGGGUGUCACAUUACUUGUAUGUUUGCCUGUAUUGACGUGCAGUAAUGUGUUCAUAUUAUACGAACAGUUCCCACAAAUGACUUCAAGUUAAAACUACGUUUAGCACAACGGGCAUUAGUAUUCGAUGCGAUAAUAGAAUUCGCAUGAAUGAAAACUAAGAGCUUUAAAUAGUGAAAAAUUAAAUAUAAUAUAUUAUAUACUUCAGUGGCUCAAUAUUAUAUAAGCUAUUCAUAGCUUAUUUACUCUGACGUUCAUGUAUACCUACAGAAAUUGUAACGUUAUUCUCCCAUACUUAUAGGUAUAAUGAAUUUAGACCAUACUCCAAGACCAAAAUAAUUAGGUACAAUGAAAAUAUUCAGAUUAAUUAUAAUCGUUCUAUGACAAUAACGGAACUGUAGUAAUGGCGUCUUACAAAUUUCUAUUUAGUUUUCCGACACAUCACACUUUAUUUCCCACUAAUAUUUCGGUUUUGGAUUAUGGUUAAACUUUUUUUAUUUAAAAAUAUUAUCGUAUAAAUAAUCUGGUGUUAUAAAAUUGUACUUUUCUUUACAGUAUUAAUUGUAACGAGUUGGCCUCUCAUAUAACUUGUAUAAUCAUGUAUGGGUCCACCGUACUUUCUUGCCACCUAUAUCGCGUUUUUACAUUUCAUACUAAAUUUGGACCAUUUAGUAAAGUUAGAGGUUUUAGUCGUGGUAGUGGCAACCUGAGUCCCCCUCGCCUACUUGUAUAAUACUUGAGAGUACAAAUACAUGCAUAAAUUAUUUGUUCAAUACUCAGUACCAGUAAGUGUACUCUUGAAUUGUACUCUUCCGUUCCCGAUCCAGAAUUUAUUUCUUCAGUGCCGUAUAUACAUUCUAUUAUUAUGUUAACCUCAGAAAUAAAAAUUUGAUGAAGGUGUA